AAUAGAAAAUCAGUCAUCUUUGUUACAAAAAAAGUGACUUUCUUUUGUUACCCUUAUAAGUGUCGAUACUGCUAUAUAUGUAUAUACACAUCUGUUUUGAUUAACUUUGAAUAAGGAUCUAUGCUUGCUACAUAUGAUUGAAGAGGAUUAGAGUUUUGGUGGAGAAGCUUUCUGAAUCGUCCAAAGUUGGUGGAGGAAUAAUUGGUGAUAUUAACACUUGCAUUGAUAGAAUUCCAUUGAUAGAGAAUUCUGAUGAUAAUGGAGUGGAUAUUGAUAAUCAGAAAAUUAAACCUCAAUUGAAUAAAACAGCAGAAUAUCUUAACACAUUAGAUGCCUCUUUCAGAAGGUCCAGGGAUGUUGACAUUGAUGGCAUAUCUACCUCCAGCACUAGAUAAUUCAACAUAAAUGAACUGAAUAUUGUGAAAGGAGAAGCUUUGGAUAUUGGAAGGGAGGACAGAGCUCCGCUCACUCGGCUUCUGAUCAGAUCUUAGCUUCUUCUAAGGUAUGUUUGUGUAGAAUUAAGAAUGCUUGGAUAGUCAAUGUGGAUGGUUUAGACUGAUGAUUUCCUUGGAGGAGGUGACUGCAGAGUCUGCAGAAUUAGAGCAUCUCCUUGAAGAGUUGGACUUGUCAAGGGCGGCUGCGACCAUGGUAAUUGAUGACCAGCACUCUCUUGAAUUUUCGAGGUAAGAUGUACUUGGCCAAGGCAUGUGGCAUGACUGCAGAGUCUAAAAGGAGUCAUCUUAAAGAGUUGAACUCUCAAUGGUAAGAUGUCAAUGUUAAAUCACUUGGCUUAGUUCUGUGUACUUGGCCAAGGCAUGUGGCAUGACUGCAGAGUCUAAAAGGAAUCAUCUUAAAGAGUUGAACUCUCAAUGGUAAGAUGUCAAUGUUAAAUUACUUGACUUAGUUCUGUGUACUUGGCCAAGGCAUGUGGCUAUAGAUUUGGUUUCAAACUAUUUAUGACUUGACUUAUUUUGGUCCCAGCAUUAUGAAUGAAUGUAAUUUGGAUAUAUCAACACAUAAGUGAUCUUUUACAGGAAAGUUCUCAAAAUCCCUUUGGAAGAGGAAAGUCUUCAAGAUUCUCUUUAUGAAAAUACCCCAGAAACCAAGGAAAAUCUUCAAAAGCUGAGGGGAUUGAACAAGAAAUAAAGACCAUAUCAUCCGAAAUUCAAAAGAGAAACCAUGGCUGACUUAAUGGUGGGGGGAGCUCUUCUCUCUGGUUUCAUCAAUGUCCUCUUUGACAGGCUUGCUUCUCAAGAGGUCCUUGACUUCUUUCGUGGGGACAAACUCAAUCUUAAGCUGCUCAAAAGCUUGAAGACUGUGUUGCUAUCAGCUAAUGCCCUGCUGGACGAUGCCGAGGAGAAGCAGCUUGGAGACAACAACGUCAAGAAUUGGCUUGAUGAGCUUAAAGAAGUAUUGUAUGAAGCAGAUCACGUGAUGGACAAGAUCAGUACUGAAGCUCUGCGACUCAAGAUGGAGGAAGAUGAACUCGAAAGCACAGCAAGUAAGGCCUUCAACUUUGUCUCUAAUAAUCCAUUUGAAAUAAGUGCUGUGAAAUCUGAAAUAGAAGAGAUCCUUGAUACUCUAAAGGAUCUUUUAGAACAGACAGAAUACCUUGGUUUGAAAAAAGUUGACCAGAAAACAACAUUACAUAGAACACAUGCCCCUUUGCUAGAUGAUUCACAAGUUUAUGGAAGAGAGGGUGAUAAAGAGGCUAUUCUUAAGCUUUUGUUGUGUGAUGAUGAUGCUGGUCCUAAGAUCUCAGUUAUUCCUAUAGUAGGGAUGGGUGGCAUUGGCAAAACUACUCUUGCUCAAAGCGUAUUUUACAAUACCACGGUCCAAGAACACUUUUCCUUAAAAGCAUGGGUAACUGUAUCCGACAAUUUUGAUGUUGUCAAAAUAACAAAGAUUAUUUUGGAGAAGAUCACUGGAAAAGAAAAUAAAGCAAAUGAGCUACAUCAACUUCAAAUAGACUUGAAGGAUGCUUUGGCAGGGAAGAAAUUUCUUUUUGUUCACGAUGAUGUGUGGAACGAAAAAUAUGAGUUGUGGGAUCUUUUGAAAAGCUCUUUUCAUUCUGGCGCACAAGGAAGCAAGAUUAUUGUGACCACACGUAAUGGAGAUGUCGCACUGAAGAUGAAGACGGGGAAUGUUCAAACUUAUGAGCUUAAACACAUGUCUGAUGAUGAAUGUUGGAAGUUAUUUGCAGAGCAUGCCUUUGAUAAUGUAGGCUCUAAUGAGGUGGUAUUGUCCGAGUUGCAAGAAAUUGGAAGACAAAUUGUUAAGAAGUGCAAGGGCCUUCCUUUAGCUGUAAAAUCGAUGGCUGGUCUUUUACGAUCUACGUCAACUCCUGACGAGUGGAGGCAUGUACUACAAAGUGACGUGUGGGAAUUACCAAAUUGUUGCGACAUCGGAAUUGUUCCAGCACUGUGGUUGAGCUACAGAUUUCUGCCUCCUUAUUUAAAGCCAUGUUUUUCUUAUCUUUCGAUAUUUCCCAAAGAUUAUGAAUUUUAUGAUGUUGAUAGAGAAGAACUAAUCUUAAUAUGGAUGGCAGAAGGUCUUUUGAAAUCUCAACCUGGAAGAAGAAUUGAAGAUGUUGGAGAAGAGUACUUGAAUGCUUUAAUAGCAAGAUCAUUUUUUCAAAAAAACACAAGGCAUCAUUCUCUUUCUAUGCACGAUCUUAUGCAUGAUCUAGCUAUGUAUGUAUCAGGUCAGUGUUGUUCUAUUUAUGAUAGUUGUAAAGACUUGCACAAACUUAGUAGCAAGACUCGCCAUCUAUCAUACAUGAAAAAUUUAAAAGAUACAGUAAAAUUUGACAACUUUUCUAGAGUGAAGUAUUUGCGAACCUUGUUAGCUUUACCAUUGCGAAAUACAUAUCAAUCGCAGAUGACACAAUUAAAGCUUGAAAUUGUGCUGAAGGAUGGAGGAUGCUUAAGAUCACUUUCUUUGUUAGAAUCACUUAUCACAGACUUGCCUGAUUCAAUUGGCAAUUUAAAACAUCUCAGGUAUUUGGAUGUGUCUUGGACGAAAGUUACGGAAUUACCUCAUUCAGUUUGUGGGUUGUACAAUUUGGAAACACUCUUGUUGUCGAGUUGUAUAAAUCUCACACAAUUGCCUACCAACAUUUCCAAGUUAAUCAACUUGCGUCAUCUUGUGACAAGAUGGACUCCUCUAAAAGAGAUGCCACCGAAGAUUUGUAAUAUGAUAAAUCUUCAGAGGUUAAGUAAUUUUGUUCUGUGUAAAAAUGAUGGGUCCAGGAUCAAAGAGUUGGGUAAGUUGGAUAAUUUGCAUGGACGCUUGGAGAUUUCAGGGCUUGAGCAUCUUAGAGAAGUGAGUGAUGUUUUGGAAGGCAAUUUGAAGAACAAAAAGUAUCUCAAUGAGCUCAUUCUUUCAUGGAAUGGUGAGGCAGAUAGCUCAACAAAGGAAAGAGAAGUUCUUGAUGCACUCCAACCACAUGUAAAUUUAAAGGAACUCGAAAUCAGAGGUUAUAAAGGUACAAGCUUGUCAGAUUGGGUAACACAUCCAUCAUAUUGUAACUUGAAAAAAGUUGAUCUACACUGCAGAAAUCUUUGCUUGUCAUUGUUAUCAUUUCGGCGGCUAAGUUCACUAAUAGAUUUUCGUGUUUUUGGUGUUUCCUAUCUUGAUAUGCAUGAUGAAUUUCGUAGUAUUUCUUUGAAUAAGCCCUUUCCAUUCUUAGCAAGAUUAGAGCUUCAUGAUACAGAUAUGUUGGAUUGGUCAUUUAUUAAUACAAGUGACCAAAGAUGUGAGAUUUUUCAAUGUUUAAAGCAAUUUGAUUUAAAAAGUUGUGGGAAGCUGAGUGUGGCAUUACCUAUCUGUAAUUUUCCAUCUUUAGAAUUUAUCAAUAUUUCAUCUUGCGAUGAAUUGGUAACUAUAUUACCAACAAUUACUCACAUUGACUCUGCAUAUCCUUCCCUCAAAAAGUUGGACACAAUGAAUUGCUCAAGGUUGGAAACCUUUUCAGAAAUGGGAUUACCCUUUACUUUACAAUGUCUACGCAUCAAUUCAUGUGAUAAGCUCAUGGAAAACCGCAUGAAAUGGAAUUUACAAAAACUCCCAUCAUUGGAUACCUUAGAACUUUGGCAUUGUGGAGAAGUGGUGGAUUCAUUUCCAGAGGAAUGGCUGCUCCCACCAUCUUUAAGAAGUCUUGAGAUCUUUGAUUGUUAUAACCCCAAAGCUCUAAACAACAAAGGCUUCCAACACCUCACCUCCCUUCGUCGUUUAGGUCUUUUUCAUUUGAAAAAGCUAGAGUGCUUACCAGCAGCAGGACUGCCCCAGAGUGUUACUUAUUUGAACAUAAAAGGAUGCAGUCUACUAAUUCCCAGGUGCAAGGAAGGAACAGGGGAAGAUUGGCCCAAAGUUCAACACAUUCCUAACAUAGUAACCGACUCAGGCAUCUGGGUAUUCUUUCCUUUUGGUGCGAUUGUUGAUUUAUAUGAAUGGGCUUCUUUAAUUUGCACCAACUCCCAUUGGGGAGUCUCCUAAUGGCUUGUGGAGUUUCCUUUCUUCUUCUCUUUUUCAAUUGGAUUAUUCCACAAGGCACAACAAACAUGCAAACCAAGGAUGAAUGUCAGUGUUUACAGAGUUGAUCACUUGUUACAUAUACCUUGGGAGGCCUCUUGCUAAUGUGGACCUGUGGCUAUUUAAUUAUAUCAGCAUCUCACAAGCUCUCAUAUUCCUGGGUGACUUCAAACUAUACAGGUCCUUACAUGAAGAUUUGUACCAAUCAUGUUCCUUGUUCAGCUAGUUGGCACAAUUAUUGGUCCAGUUCCUACUUUUCCAUGGCAUAUAUGGUGGUUACUUUCAACCAUUGAUCAUGUCAUCAACACAGAACUUGUUGGAAGUUUUGUUGACAGUUGGAAAAAACAUCAAGACUGCAGCUUGGUUUCAACUCGAAGUCUUACUACUUUGUGCAUAAAAGAAUGUACUGUUAAUUCCCAAGUGCAAGGAAGAAACUGGGAAAGAUUGGCAUAUGAUUCAAUUCAACACAUAGCUAAAAAAAACUAACUGAAUAAAGUCAUGUCUCUCUUAGACAGCAGGAACACAGCAUUGUUUAUUAUACAGGUGGGGAUCGAGUUAUGAAUUUCAUCGAGUCUCAAUGAUUUCAGCCAAUGAGACAAUGCAGACUCUUAAAUUAUUGUUAUGACUUGUGACUGAGAUUAACAGAGCGAAAUCUGCAGGAAGGCAAGCAAAUUACACAGAAAAGGUUCUAAGAAUAUUCAAGAUGCCAAGAGUGUUACAGUUCCCUUGGCUGAUCAAUGUCCUGAAGUAAAACGGUAAAAGACAAGGAUAAAGUCCCAUAUGCACCGCACUUGGUUGUUUGAUGUAUGUAAAAUGGUUAUGCCCUCAGUUUUCUUGAUGUCUAAUUCUGGGCUCGAGCAUUGGCUUGGUGUGAAAUGGUCAAUGAGGUAUCUCAAAGGUACAAGCACACAUGGUAAGGUGUACAAGAAAAAUGCUGGAAAGAUAUGGCUCGAAGGGUUUGUAGAUUCUGAUUUUGCUUCAAAUCAAGAUUCAAGAAAGUCUCUCACUUUCUAUGUUGUUACAAUAGUGGGGGCACAUUGAGUUGGAAGCCUCAUCAGCACCAAGUUAUUGCCUUCUCCACGUCUGAUGCUGAAUUCAUGGCAACUGUAGAAGCUUUUAAGGAAGUAGUGGGAGCAUUGCUUAAACUAGUUGAACAUUGAUACAAGCUUGUUGAAGUUAUUUGAACUAAAUCAUCAUGAGCUUUCCUUAUUACUAGUCCUCCAAAACACAUCCAGCAAGCAGUUCAUCAUCUUAGUUUCAGAUUAGUAUUGUAUUUCACAUCUGUGUAGAAAGAAGAUCAUUUUGAGAGUUUUGAGAGCCUUGAGUGUGGUUGUACAAGGGGUUCUCGGGUUUGGUUCCAAGGGUACAGAAAGAGUGAGUUUGGUGAGAGUUUGGUACCAAGAAACCAUUGAAGAUCUUCAACUGUAACAAAGAUUGUAUUGCUGAUUCUCUAUAGCGGAUUGCUCACGAUGAUGCUCAAACUGGAUGUAGGUCAAAUUGGCCGAACCAGUAUAAACCUUGGCGUCCAUUUCUUUACUGUAUUUUCUUUACUUUAAUUUCGAUUUGUUGCUCGGAUACUUUGUGUUCUGUUCUUGAACCUGUGGCCAUCUAUAUCAGCAUGUCACAAACUUCUCUGAUAUAAAUACAUAAUAGUGAGGUUUUCUAUUUGAGAUUGCUGAAAUCAUUGAGGGUGUAUUGAAUUUGAUUGAUAUAGUGGGACUGAAUCAAGUAAAAUCCUCUCUUGUUCUUUUACUACA